AUGGAGGACCCUGGGCCGUCACGCGAAACGCCUGUGACUACGGCGCUCACAGGAAAUAGCGCAACGGGUUAUGUCCCAGCAGGCAAUAGCACGCCAACCGAAGCCCGCGAUGAAUCAUCAAAGACGUCUGAGAGUGGCAGUAUCCGGCUGAACGCAUCCGAGGCUCGGUAUGUUGGGAGCAGUCACUGGGCCUCGAUUCUGGACGGGAUCGCCGAGUUGAAGGACCACUUGGAGGCGGAGGAGGAGAUUCAGACCAACAGUGCGACUCCCGGCUCAAUCCCCGCCCCAGAGGACGACAUGGAGAUGCCGCUGCUGUACAGCGUACGCUCUGCCUCAAGGGCACAGAUCCUAGACUCGAUUCCUCCGAAGCAAGUUCUGGACCGCUACAUAUCGCACUAUUUCAACUCUCUGGACUUGGCAUCAGGCGCAUUUCAUACCGGAAAAUUCAUGAGGGAGUAUGCCGAGUUUUGCCAGAAUCCAUCCGAAACCCCCGUCAUGUGGCUGGGCUUAUUGUACUCAAUCAUGUGCAUGGCAGUCAUGUCGUACGACCUCGUCGGCAAAUCUGAGGUCGAAGAUCCAAAGGCUUUGAUCGAUCAGUACCGCGAGAAGACGGCACAGUGUCUGCUACUGGGAAAGUACGCCAACGGAGGCCAAUACACCUGGGAAACCAUUUAUCAGUAUGUCAUCAUAGAGUUGUCGUCGCGAAGAGAUAUCACGCAGACCAUCGGCAUCCUCCACGGCGUAUCCAUGAAUCUGCUCCUCCAGAUGGGCUACCACAGAGAUCCGUCACACUUCCCAAGCAUUUCCCCCUUCGCCGGGGAGAUUCGACGCCGAAACUGGGUCAAGUGUUUGGAGGGCGACCUCCACAUGUCGAUGCGGACAGGCAUACCUCGCAGGAUUAGUGCCGGUCACUGGGAUACAGAGGAGCCACGGAACCUACACGACGCGGACUUUGACGAAGACACGAAGGAGAUCCCACCCAGCAGGCCAGAAACCGAGGUUACGGCUGUCACUCAACUGAUCGCGAGGAGGCGUAUGCUGGUGGCGGUUGGGGCUGCUGUCGAUCUGUCUUCGUCAAUCAAGCCGCCGGCUUACACCGAAGUACUGGCCGUGGAUCGGCAGGUGAGGGAGGCAGAGGAAAGCCUCCCACCACCACUAAAGAUGAAGCCUUUGCAGGCGUCAGUUACGGAUCCCCCGCUGUUGAUCAUGCACAGGCUAUACUUGGCGCUCAUGUUUCGUAUAGGUGAGGUCAUGAUCCAUCGCAAAUAUCUCAGCGAAGCAAGCGACAGCUUCAGCUACUCGCGAAAGAAGUGCUUGGACUCUUGUCUCUCUGUUCUGCAGCUACAACACACUCUCAACGAGGAAACCAUGGUCGGAGGCUUGCUGCAUUUUGCGGGAGCCAAGCUGUCGCUUAUUGGGAACCAUGCAUUCCUGACGGCCUGCAUCACCCUCUGCGGCGCGAUGUACAAGGGACUGUAUGCGGCUGGAAACGAAUAUGCCUCGGCUAGGGAAGUGGACAUCAAAACAGCGCUGUGGAAUUCCCUCAGCGUUUGGAUGAAGAAUGAGUCUUCGUCUAGAGAGGCUCGCAUUGCGGCCGAGUCCAUCAGGCUUGUACUCAAGAAGAACGGCUGGUUCAGCGAGUUGCUGCCAAGUCCAGAUCUAGGUUCCACCUCAGUCAAUGCUAUGGGUCUUGAUUCUCUGGGCGGGUUCUUUGGGCACGGGAUCGACAGUUUUGGCGAGGCGCCUUUGACGAUGUUCAACAACGAGUGGGACCCAGAAGGGUUUCCCUGGUUCCUGGAUCCGUUGAAUGGUGGGAUGGCCACUGGUGAGGGUCAGUCGUUUUCGAAUAAUUGA